UCAACGCCUAAAACGGGAACAAAAUGUUGUUACUCAAAUUCGUAAUUGGGUGUUUGUUGACGCAUGUUUGGGUGUGGCUGGGCCAUGCACAAAACUCCGAAAUGAUCUGGUACAAAUAUGGCGCAGUCACUCGACAACGUCAAGUGACCAUCAUUUCCGCCAAAGUGGGAACCGAGUACAAUAACCAAUCUAGCCAUGAUUCCGAGGCUCAUUUUGUGUACCGCCUUGAUUUGGGCAAUUUCCCCCCUCGCACGGUUCGGAUCCGGGCUGAGGUGCGGCCAAAUAUCUCACCCGAUCAUCCGCUUCGCGUGACCAUCCGCAGCAAUCAAGGCACCACGAAUUGGAAUGUUCCACUUUUGGUGAACAGCGUCAAAAUCAACUACAUGGAACGCACUUUGUGUCUCCUGGAUGAUGUGAUUUCGAGUCCGGAUCGACAAGAAAUUACCGUGGUUGUAUCAACUUCAAGUCGGAACAAGGUGGAUUUCACUUUGAAAUUGUUCGAGGUCGAGGAUUUCACUACAGAUAUGAAUCAAGUGAGUUCGUUGACCGGUGUGGAUACGGCAACACCCGUCUACAGAUUUGUCAAUCUCCAACCGUUCGAGAAAACAGCCUUGCUGAGGGUAAAAGUGACCUCCGAAGACCAAGACGUGUGUGCGUUGAUCUCCAUUCAACCGUAUCUUUGCCCGGUUUUAGACAUGGAACGAACAGUCCGGUUUCGAGGAUCCUAUCAAAGCAUGUUGGAGAUCUCGUCAUUCAUUAUUGAUCCAGACGAGUAUGAACAUGGUGUCUUCAUCGUGUUCAUAAUUCCAGAGACCGAUGAACUGUGCGGAAUUUCCCAAUCCAAAUCCAGUAUCCGAAAGAAAAGUUUCUCGUUCGAAAUAUCCAACCAAAUUUCCGAAAUCAAGAUUGCUUGGGAGGUUAUCCUGUCUGUGGUGCUUUUGGUUGUGCUCUGUGCCGUGGCGAUUAUUGGAAGCUGUCUUUGUUCCGUGUAUGGCGAUCGGAAUAUCCAGAAUAAGAUUAUCAAAAUGAAGAAAUUCCAACGUUUGUAUCAAGGCACUUACAGAGUCACCACAACCGAAUUUCCGGAUGAAUGCGAAAUUACCUCUUCAAAUGAAGCUACAGAUGCUCCCGCUUCGUCUCAAAACAUCAUUAAAGACCAAACAGAUAUCGAGCAAAUUGAGAACGGGAAGAGCAAACCUCGGCCCAAAUACGUGCAUGAGCUGGCCACGACCGCCAAAGAUCGAGAACAACUGAAAUUGUUCAAGCGCAUGUUUCAAAGGUCGGACCUUUACUUGUGGCUGGUUCUCAUGAUGGGGAUAUUCUACACCAUUCCUGCCAUUCAACUCAUGCUCUCCUACCAGGACAAACUACUGACAUCUGGUGAUCAGGACAUUUGCUACUACAACUUCUUGUGCUCAGUUCCUGUCGGAGUGGUGAGAGAUUUCAAUCACAUCUUCUCCAACAUUUGGUACAUGGCCUUGGGGAUCCUCUUCGUUAUUCUUAGUGCUUAUCGAAAGAGUGUCCAUCUGAAGUUUAUAACCGAACUGGCGAAAGUGGAUCCCGCCGAGGUUUCCUCAGAGUAUGGGAUUCCACAACAUUUCGGCAUCCUCUUUGCUAUGGGUUAUGCCAUGGUUUUCGAAGGGAUCCUCAGUGCCUGCUAUCACGUGUGUCCCACCUCAGAAAAUUUCCAAUUCGACACAACGUUCAUGUACGUGAUUGCCACUCUUUCGUUCAUGAAGAUCUACCAAUUUCGUCAUCCUGAUAUCGCUUCUAAUGCCUACAAGGUGUUCUUCGGAUUGGGCCUAAUUAUGUUCUUCGAGGUGAUGGGGAUCUUUUUCGGGACGACGCUAUUCUGGAUUCUGGCCCUUGUGACCUAUUUUGGUUUGAGUUUGGUUUUGACCUCGAUAAUUUACCACUCUGGACGUUGGUCUCUGGAUUGGAAAAUCUUCCCCAAACUAGCGAGAGCGUCCUACAAGGUGAUCAAGCAACGGGAUUUUCACGGAGUUUCAAAAAAGAGAUUGGUUUUAGUGAUCAUACUCAAUUUGAUCAACAUAUUUUUCAUUGUGUACGGAGCCGUGUUUCAGCCCGGGAUUUCCAGCUUUCUCUUGGGCAUUUUCAUUGCUAAUCUUCUCACCUACGCUGUCUACUACAUCGUCAUGAAGGUCUAUCAUAAGGAACGAAUCACUUGGACGACAGUGAUCUACAUUGUCUUAGGGGUCAUUUGUUGGAUCCCUGCUUUGUACUUCUUCGUGUCCAUUAAGGCCAGUUCCGACCUUUCUCCGGCAGAAUCGCGCAACCUUAACGGAGAGUGCAUCGUCUUGGAUUUGUUCGACAACCACGAUCUGUGGCAUAUGUUUUCCGCGGCGGGACUAUUUUUCUGUUUUAUGAUGCUAAUGUCACUCGACGACGGCUUAUUUUACACCCCCAGAGAUCAGAUUCAUAUAUUCUAGCUACGAAUGAAUCUAGUUUGCCCAAUAUCACGUACCUCCAGUGUUGACAACUAGGAUUCUAGUGGCCGUGAACGAGGCAAAGAAGCCCACAAUGCAAGAAACCAAGGGUCCAAGAAUGUACCCGGACAACUCCAUGGCCCAAGGCAUGGCCAGGAGCGAGGUUCCAAUCAUGGUGUUCCAAAUAGCCCCACUGUAAGAGGGAAUGCACAAAAUUACCAUCACGACAUGAUGAUUGAAUAAAUUUUCGCUGUUUUUACAUGGUAA